AUGUACACAAACAUCUCAGGUGAGAAGGCGGUAAGCACCUUGCUGGAGAUAUCGGAGCGAGAAGAGGACAUCCUGGAGGCAGAACGGAUACGGAAAGAAUCAUCAACACGACUGAUCAACCUGUCAGUAAGGACCACAUAUUUUGCAUUUAACGGCAGCAUCUACGAGCAAAUAUUUGGACUACCGAUGGGAUCUCCACUGUCACCUCUUUUGGAAAAUGUGUACAUGGACAAAUUGGAAAGGGAAUUUGAGAAGUCACCACUACAACCAAGAGUGCUUAUGCGAUACUUGGAUGACUGA